AUAAACACCACAGUGGCAUGCUGAUUUAUUUUAUUUAUUUAUUCAUUUAUUAUCAUUAUUAUUAUUAUUUUCAGAUUUUACAUAAUUUUUUUUUAUCAAAUAAGUUUUAUAAAAAGACUGAUUUUAAAGAAGGAAUGCAAUCUUACAGACUCUUUUACCUAAAAUACAAGAAUACAAGUCAAAAUAGAACAAAAGACAGCGAGAAAGAAAGAAGAAAAAAAAGAAAAGAAAAAAUAACACACUGUACACAUUGAUUUUACAUCAUUUUAAUGGUAUUUUUCAAACCAAUAUUUUAUCUUCCAAUAUAAGGACAAAGACGCUGCUAAGAUGGAGAUAUUUAAUAUGAUCAAAUCCAAAUUUGUUACACCAUUUGUUACACCUCCUUCUGGUCCUCCUUCAGAGGAUGACAAGCCAUGGAGGCCAAUGAACUGGAGUGAAGAUGGACAAAACCUUUUGACAACAGUAACCAACUUCCAACCUGGGAACCCGGAAGUCAACACUCUCCGAAUUCUACUGCAUGGACCACAAGGUGCUGGAAAAUCAAGCUUCUUCAACUCUGUGAAUAACGCUUUCCAGGGGCGCAUCUCUACCAAAGCCCAGGCAAAUUCAUCAGAUUUUGGAAGAAGCUUUACUUUGGAGUGCAAAACAUACAAAGUGAAGAAGGACAGGGCUGGCUCCUUCUUUCCUUUCAUGUUCACUGACAUCGCUGGUAUUCACAAUGUAGGCAUUGGAAUAAAGACUGAGGACAUCAUCCAGUUAUUAAAGGGUCACAUCAAUGAUGGUCAUACUUUUAACCCAGUAAAACAAAUUACUGAAGAAGACCCAAAAUACAAAAAUAAUCCCACUCUGAAAGACAGGAUUCACUGUCUGGUGGCUGUUCUUCCUGCUAACACUGUUUCUCUGAUUGAUGAGGACAACAUUAGGCAAAUGAGAGAAGUUCGGAAGAAAGCACGAGACUUGGGCAUUCCUGAAGUCAUAAUCAUGACCAAGGUGGAUGAAGCAUGUCCACUAGUUAAAGACAAUCUUGAGAAGAUCUACACAAGCAAAAAAAUAAAACAGAAGAUGCAGGAGUGUUCUGUCAAACUGGGAGUUCCUGUGAACUGCAUUUAUCCUGUGAAAAACUACCAUGAGGAGCGUACUACUAACACAACAGUAGAUAUUCUGAUUUUAGAUGCAUUGAAAAAUAUUCUUAACUUUGCCAAUGACUAUGUGGAGGACCAAGUGGACAGUCAAAAUGCUAUAUGAAAUUUUACUAUAUAGUAGUCUUUUCUAUUCUAUUGGCUCUUUGGUAGUGUAUAUUUGCAUGACAUCUCUGAUAUCAGUCUGUAGAUGAAGGCAAUUACAUAAUCACACAGGAUAUAAUCAUAGUUAGCCAAUAAUCAGGAUAUACUGUUUAUAAUCAUUUCCUUCAGUGCUCAGUUACAAUCAACCUGCUUUUUUUAAAACUUGAUUUUAUUGAUUUUAUUUUCAGUGGUAGGACAUUCACAUGUUUGAUAUUUAUCAUAUCAGUAAAGAUGCGUGUGCGCAGUAGUUUUUUGAGAUAUGCUAUAUCUGUGGGUGAGAUAUGCUAUAAAAACCUGCUUUAUAUGUAUUUUAAGUCAGUUCUUUUACAUAUGUAUUUUUAAGUUCAGCCGGUUCAAGGAUAUUCAGAUGCAUUGUUUAUUGCUGUCUGGACAGGAAUCCCUGUUAUUCAAACCUAAAUAAAUAUAUAUGAGAAAAUAUUGAAUGUUGGCAACAUUGUUUUUUGUUUAUUCUAGGCUGAUGCAACUUAACUGAAUGUUUUAAAUCCUUCAAGGCAUUGAUCAUGAUCAAAAACAGUCUAUAGGCUUAUAAUGUUGUAACAUGCAGCAUUUUAAAGUGCAAU